AUGAACAUCAUCAAUCAUGAAGGCAGAGCUAUCCCCUUGGCACCAGUUCACACAACUGUCAUCUGUCCAACAGCGGAUUACAAGGCUCCGAACUAUAUCUGCUAUGAUUACGUUUGUCAAUACUGUCCCGAGGGAGACCAAGGGGCUCAAAUCAUUUAUUAUCCGCAAGAAGCCGUUGAUCCACAUCAGAAUGGCCCACGAGUAUACAAUCGCUUUUACCACGAUCAUAGGUAUCAGGUGUAUGCUGCCAAUGAAUAUGAAAUGCCUCCUCAGCAUUCUAAAGCUAAAAUCUGUCACUUUUGGUGUCAACAUGAGAUCGACACAAGUCCUCCAAUCCAGCGUACUUGGUAUUAUGUUCCAUGGAGUGACCCCAUUCCAGGCGUUCUUCAAGACGAUGGAAACAUAUCUUUCACCGAUCCCGUCUCCGGCCAUACCAUAAUCGACACUUCCCCUGUUCCUGCUGGAUUCAGACCUUACCGCGAAGGAGACGCUCCAUUUGAUACAGAUUGGCAAACUAUGCCCUCCUCUACAUCUCUUCAACUUGGAACGAACUUUGCCACUCCCAAUCUCGAUAUUGGUUCGUCACGAUCCAGGCCAUCCGAAUCCUCUGGCUUUAUAGUUACUCCUCGGAGCGAGUACAAGAUGCUGGGAGCACAUAGAUUGCCUACAAAUUCUGAGUCACCAGCAGAGCCAAUCAGUCAGACUGAGGUUGAACAACUUCGUCGAGGUGGAGCUGUCCCUGCAUUGGAGUUGACAGAAAGUGAGCGAACUCCAACCAGAACUAUCUAUGGAAGAGGAGGGGGGGAAGGAAGAAGAAUUGCAGAAACAUCAAUCUCUCGAACACCUACUGGUGGUGCUGGUCGUGGCAACGGCAUUGGAAAUGGCAAUAUGAACCCGCCAAACGGCCCCAGAGGCGGAGGAAUUAGUUGGGGCUACAAUCGUGGUCGAGGAGGACGUACCACUAGAAUUUGGAAUAGGAAUAAUUGA